CACGGACUCCCAGCUCUCAGCCUGCACGAAUGCAACCUCCGUGGCAGCCUCGGAUGCGUAAAAACAACCAAUAACUGUAGAACUGGAGGCUUGGUUGAAGGAUUUUUAACCUGCGCGCAUCGUGCGUAAAAGGCGCACUGACUCCUUUUUUUUUUUUUUUUUUUUUUUUCUAAUUUACGGUUGCGGUGAGAUUUGAAUCAUGCUUAAAAUGACCGAGGAUCACGACAAGUGUGUGGGCGACCACCCCUGCAGCCCCUCGGGCAGCAACAGCUCCAUGUCUCAGGAUGACUCCGACUCCGACGCGCCGUCCUCGCCGACGGGCUCCGACGGCCAAGCGUCUCUGCUCGCCGGUUUGGCCAAGAAGUUGGACUCGGAGGACGACGAUCGUUUCCCGGCGUGCAUACGGGACGCCGUCUCUCAGGUUCUGAAGGGCUACGACUGGUCCCUGGUGCCCAUGCCGGUGCGGGGGAACGGAUCCUUGAAGAGCAAACCGCACGUCAAGAGGCCCAUGAACGCCUUCAUGGUUUGGGCCCAGGCUGCCCGCAGGAAGCUGGCGGACCAGUACCCGCACCUGCAUAACGCCGAACUGAGCAAAACACUGGGCAAACUGUGGCGUUUGCUCUCGGAGAGCGAGAAGAGGCCCUUUGUGGACGAAGCGGAGCGUCUGAGGGUUCAGCACAAGAAAGACCACCCGGACUACAAGUACCAGCCUCGGCGACGGAAGAAUGUCAAACCGGGCCAGAGCGACUCGGACUCGGGCGCCGAGCUGGCCCAUCACCACAUGUACAAAGCCGAGCCGGGGAUGGCGGGACUGGCGGGGAUGUCGGACGGCCACCACCACCCUGAACACGCCGGACAGCCUCACGGUCCCCCGACGCCGCCCACCACCCCCAAAACGGACCUGCACCACGGCCCCAAGCAGGACCUGAAGCACGAGGGCCGCCGCCUGCCCGACAACAACAACGGCGGCGGCGGCGGCGGCAGCAGGCAGAACAUCGACUUCAGCAACGUGGACAUCUCGGAGCUCAGCACCGACGUCAUCAGCAACAUGGAGACGUUCGACGUGCACGAGUUCGACCAGUACCUCCCCUUGAACGGCCACGCCUCCUCCGCUUCCGCCGCCGCCCUCUCCUCGGAGCACGGGCUGACCGCCUACGGCUCCUCGUACGGCGGUUGGAGUCGCAAGAACGCCAUGUCCUCCUCGCCGCCCGAGGUGGCCCAGCACCGCCUCCACAUCAAAACGGAGCAGCUGAGCCCGAGCCACUACAGCGACCACUCCCACGGCUCGCCCUCACACCCCGACUACGCCACCUACAGCAGCCAGGCCUGCGUCACCACCUCAGCCGCCUCCUUCUCCGCCUCACAGUGUGACUAUACCGACCUCCAGAGCUCCAACUACUACAACCCUUACUCCGGCUACCCCUCCACCCUCUACCAGUACCCCUACUUCCACUCCCCCAGGCGGCCUUACAGCAGCCCCAUCCUCAACAGCCUGUCCAUGGCGCCUGCUCACAGCCCCACCGCCGCCAGCUGGGACCAGCCCGUCUACACCACACUGACCCGACCUUAGAUCGGGGCCAGGGACGUCGGGUCGAAGCACUACUAACGAAGGAAGCAAUUAAAAAAAAAAAGUGCCUGCUGAUUUUAUACAAAAAAAACACUUCUUACGGACUUUUUGUACACCAAGAGAAAUAUAGGCGGCGCCUCCAUGAGGAUGUAUUCUCGCCUGUACGCCUACGUUGUGUACAUUCCCCGCACUAACAACCUCUUUUACACAGAAGUCUCCCUCACGCUGCCUGUAAAAGCCACUGCCGCCUUUUUUUUAAAUCCAAGCCGUGACAGAGCCGGGACAUCACCUGUGUGAAAGGAUAUCUUGCAAUGCUAGGUGGAUAAUAAUUAAUAAAGUUUUCAUUAUUAUUUUUAGUCCCCUCCCCGCUGAUAAGCGGCUAGCAGCUAAUGUGUCUCCAUAAACCUCUAAACAAGGCCUGGGCAAUUAUUUUGACUCAAGGGACACAUUUAGAGAAAAAAAUGUGUCUGGGGGUCGGUAUAUCUAUUUUUAUGAACACUAAUACAAAACCUCACAAUAAAGUCUGAUUGAAUGCUAAAAACGUUAUGACAGACCGCCUUAAAAACGUACUGGAAUUUUUUCAUUUUUCUAUGAACGAUAAAACACGGAAUAUUGACAAAAUAUGAAUGUCACACCCCCUUUCGAUCGACAUAUUUUACAAUCAAGUGAAACGCAACAAAAAUGCAACAAACAGUGAAAUAUGAACGCGAAGGGUACAAAAUAAACCCACCUACAAUCUGAUAUAUCUGAUAUUUGCUGAAUUUCCCCCAGGGAUCAAUAAAGUACUUUCUAUUCUAUUAUAUUCUAUAUAUCACUAAGCUUUAGAACUUUGUUGUGAAAAUCUCCUUCCGCGUCUGUGGAAACACUUCCCGCCCACACUGCUUGGUGCCUCGUCUGAGCUGCUGUGACGUAGAUUACCAUAGUAACUAAUUAGAUGACCAUAAUAACUAAUUAGAUUACCAUAGUAACUAAUUAGAUUACCAUAGUUACUGGUAUACCAUCCAUAAGCGCAGAUUCCAACCAUUGAAAGACUUACUAUAGUUGAAGACUUACGGUCAUUAGAAAACAUCACUGCACAUCAUAAUGGCAGCUACACUUUACAUCUUAAACAUCUAAAAAAAUUUGGGAAUGUCCGGCGGGCCAGAUUGACAAGCUCAACGGGCCACAUGUGGCCCCCGAGCCUUAAUUUGCCCAGAUCUGCUCUAAACUAAUAAUAACAAUCUCCAUUACACCAAAUAAGCUGCAUUUAUUUGUACAUCAGUUACUGUUAUCACUGGAGGAUGAAGUCAAACAUAUUAUAGAGGGAGAGAGUAAGGAGCUAGUGUUGAUAUUGUUAAACUGUCAAUAGCACUCGCCAGUUAAAUCACCAAAAUGAUUCCCGAGCGCGGCCACCGCUGAGUAAUUUCACCACACCUAGUGUGUGCGUGACUAUCAGUGGUACUUUACUUAUAAAUACAUUUGAAAAUGUACAAGUUUAUUCAUGCGAUCUGUAUCGGUAUCGGCCGAUCUCACUCAUGGAUGAUCGGAAUCGGCAGCGUAAAAACCCCGAUCGGAACAUCCCCAGUGAAUAUAUAUAUAUCCUGUCUUUUGAAGGAUUCUGUGUGAAAGGCCAAAAUGUCGGACCGGAGCUUUUAUUAUGGCUCUGAUGCGACAAUGUUGUAUGAAAGAGGCUGAAACAACCAGCAGCAAGCCAUCUUGGCCUUUUUACACAAAAUCCAAUAAAAAGGUGUGAUAUUGCAGCGAUGUAAUUGCUUCCGACACACCAGGACGAGGUGGAUCGGGUCGGGAUGUGUACUGAAGUCGGUACUUUUACGCAUACCGACCGAAUUCCGCCGGUACUACGCCGUGCCGUUUCACAUAAAAUCCGAUAUUUUAUAACACAUGAAGUCACGUCGGGGUGUAUUCGUAUAGCGUAUAGCCUUUUAGGUCACGUUGCAAUUUCCCCCAUGCCAACAAAGCAAGCAUGCCUGGUAGAAAGCGCUCAAAAACACAGUGAAAUCGAAAUGUGCCAGCUAUUAAUGCUAUCAAUUAGCGAAUUUACACUUAAACACGGCCAAAUGUGGUAAUCAAAACUGGAAACAAACAUUACACGCCACAGUCAAACAGUAUAGACUUACAUAUACAUAUAUAUACUUACAGUAUAAACAUUUUGGAGGGUGCAACAAAAGACGAGUGGCACAUUCCUGCUCAGUGGUCUUGUGGUUAGAGUGUCCGAGAUCGGUGGGUCCUGAGUCUAUAGAGUCCGAGACUAUAAAAAUGAAUGAAAAUAAAUCUCCCUGCUUGGCACUCAGCAUCAAGGGUUGGAAUUGGGGGUUAAAUCACCAAAAAUUAUUCCCGAGCGCGGCCACCGCUGCUGCUCGCUGCUGCUCGCUGCUCCCCUCACCUCUCAGGGGGUGCAACAAGGGGAUGGGUCGAGUGCAGAGAGUAAUUUCAGUGUGUGUGUGACUAUCACUGGUACUUUAACUUUAACUGUAACGUCAACCUAAUGGCAAAGACUACUUCCUGGUCUCGUCAACACAUCAUAGCCUGUACACACUACUGCCAUCUAACAUCAUGGAAUUACAACUGCAUGUUUACUAUAUAAAGCUUGCAAAUGAGAACAAAAAAGAUAUAAACAAGUCAUUAUCGGCUCAAUGUUUAAUUAAGUACCAAAAAUCGCAUCUCUCGUUUUGGUUGUACUCCUUCCGACAUUCCCUUUUUACACAGUCGCUCAGAUACUACAUUUUCCCACAUUAUUACUGUACCACCCAUUCCAGUGAGCUGUUUUUUAUACAGAGCAGCAAUUUUCCAAAAAGUCACGAAAUGACGUUUCAUGUCCUGGGGUGACAUCUACCGUAUUUUUCGGAGUAUAAGUCGCACUGCAGUAUAAGUCGCACCUGACGAAAAUGCAUAAUAAAGAAGGAAAAAAAUAUAUAAGUCGCAUUUUUUGGGUAAAUUUAUUUGAUAAAACCCAACACCAUGAAUAUACAUUUGAAAGGCAAUUUAAAAUAAAUAAAGAAUAGUGAACAACAGGCUGAAUAAGUGUAUAUUAUAUGACGCAUAAAUAACCAACUGAGAACGUGCCUGGUAUGUUAACGUAACAUAUUAUGGUAAAAGUCAUUCAAAUAACUAUAACAUAUAGAACAUGAUAUACGUUUACCAAACAAUCUGUCACUCCUAAUCGCUAAAUCCCAUGAAAUCUUAUACGUCUAGUCUCUUACGUGAAUGAGCUAAAUAAUAUUAUUUGAUAUUUUACGCUAAUGUGUUAAUAAUUUCACACAUAAGUCGCUCCUGAGUAUAAGUCGCACCGCCGGCCAAACUAUGAAAAAAACUGCGACUUAUAGUCCGAAAAAUACGGUAUAUAAUCAUUAUAUAUGAUGCCAUCAGCACCUGCUUUGAUGUAUGAAAUACAUAUUGGACACCACUUACUUUUUUUUUUUUUGGCGUUUUCCUUUCACACAGAAAUUGUCCUACCUCUGUUAGGGAAGGCAGGAUAAGGAAAAAAUGCCAGUUUUUGCAGGCAGUGUGACUCCUGAAAUCAGACUUAAAAUAAUCCAAAUGCUUGUUGGAGAGCAACCAUGGCCUCCAAGCCUUAUUGGACAUUCCCUUUUUUGCAGCCGGACACAAGGUGAAAUAUUGGCGGGACGACUUGUUGACGUUAAAAAAGGGGGCUUAAGUUUCCAGGGGGGGGGGUUUAAAUAAUUGUGGAUUUUUGGAAUUUCCCGUGUAUAACAGCUCUGCACAUGUGGCUCAAGUCUUAACAAAACCUAUGAAAGUGGAAAAGUCUUUAUAUAUACAUUAUAUAUAUAUAUAUAUAUUUAUGUUCAUGCGGUUUAUUUUUUGAGUGGAUUUUUUGAAUUGGUAUUUUUUUGCUUGGUUUAAAGUGGUGGAUGCAUUCCGUUAAAGGCAUCAUUCCAGAAAAGGCACCAUUCCUUGAUUAAGGGCGGGAGUGGGUGGGGGGGCGAAACAGGUGUCGGCAAGUUGCGCCUGGCAAAUUGCGAUUAGUCAUGACGGAAGGGUAAAGGAAACGGGGUAAAAUAACCGCUCACUCUGAGUGACGUGUCAGCUGGAGCGACACAUGGUGUGUAUACGUGUGUGUUAGUGUGUGUUCAUGCACAAAUUCUAUAUGUAAAUGUUGGAGUCCGUUUCCUGGCGGGCGCCCUUUGACCUUUUAUGCCCGUUUUUUUUUGUUUUUUUUUAUCUCAGCUGCCAUCAAGUGCCGAUGUACUGCUUCCCGUCUCUUGCACAAAACGUCUUUUGUGCCUUUUUUUUUUUUUUUUCUCGAAUGAUCAGUAUUUCCAAAAGGACGGAGGCAGACAUGAUUCUUUCUUGUGUCGUUCCUGCAUUGUGUUUUUGUACAUUAUGACCAUGUGUAAUUUUAAGGAAAAGGUUGUAAAAAAAAAAUUUUACUGUUGUUCUAUUAACUACGAGUUUUUUUCCCAUUCUCACACACACACACACACACACAUGCAAGGCUAACACAUUUGCUGCCUGAUUUAUUUUGUUGUUUUUUAAAAAUAAAAUACA